CCUGGUUAGCCUGGUGGGACCGAUAUCUGUCUUAAUCUUGUCUUUGUCAUGAGACGCAGCGAGACGUCAUGAGGGCCGCCGUCCGAGCCUAGGGCCCCGGGCCCAGGCUCUUUGUGCCUGGUCGUCGAUGAGACCGACUCGUCCAAGUCUCUGGCGAGUCUCGGGCCGGGCGUCCUGGGCUCCCAGUCCGGGGACACGAUGUGGCUGCUAGACCUGCCGCAGACCGCCCGUGAACUCGCCCUAACCCAACAAGAAUGCGCCAAGCUGCUGUGCUUCCGGUACUACAGCGGGCUCAACCUUAGCUGCCUGGCGCAGUCCGAGCCCCUGAGCCUGCCCAGCCUGCCCAGCCUGCCCCCACAGCCCCAACCGCAGCCGCAGCCCCAGCCGCAGGUGCAGCGGGUCCGCGGCCGCGCCGCCAAGAGCUCGCACCGGCCGGGCCCCGGCGGCAGCAGCGACAGCGACUCGGACGCGGAGACGUCGUCCAAGCAGCGCAAGCAGAAGAGCUGGCGACUGCACAAGAAGAAGGCCGCCAGGUCGGCCAAGGCGGACAAGGACAAGGCCGAGCGGGACACGCGGAGGAUCGUCAACGGCUUCGCCGAGCUCGACGUGAACAAGGAUCAGAGCGAUGGCAGAGUGCGGCCCAAGCCUGCCGCCCCCGAGCAACGGCCUGACGCCGACGCCAGGCUUGAGGCCAGGCCUGAGGCCGCGACCCACAUCGCCGCCCCCGAAGAGCGGCGCGAGCAGCACCCCGAGCUGGCCACGUGGAACUCCCACGAGACGGCGCAGCGCACCCUGGACCUCGGCCUCAGCCUCGACAGCCAGGACGUGGCCUCGUCUAGAGCCUCGUCCAGCCCGCAGCACGGCCUCGCCAGCGACGCCAACUACUACCCCAUCUGGCCCAGCAGUCGGCACCGCGGAGCCAGCCAGGCCGCGGACGGCCAGGAGGCCGCGGCAACGAGCCAGGCCUCGACGCGCGCCCCCGCUGCAGCCGGCGACGUGAACCGCCGCCUGUACGAGACGCUUGCCAUGGACCGUUUGUGUGAGGUGGACGCGGACGCCGAGGGUGACGCCGUGGUGCCAUCGACGGCGUCGGCCCCCACCAGCUCGAUGGAUGAGUACAGCUCGCCUCCAGGCUCCAGGAAGACGUCGGACGACAACUCGGCCCGACUGCUGCCCAUUCCCGACACGGCCGAACCCAGCACUGCCACGUCUCUGAUGACGCCCAGUUCGUCGAUGCCCACGCCCUCCUCGGACUCGGGCGCGGUGCCCGUGGCCGCCACUGCCGCGGGGUGCUCCAGCUCCGAGUCCCUCAGCCACGGAAUGUCUGCAGACACCGCGCAGGUGGCUGCGACCUCCUUCCCUGAAGCCGGGCCCGGCUGCUCGCGGCUCCGCGACGCCCACCGCGACGCCAACCGCGACGGCACGUCCUCGGUGCAGCUGCUCCGGCGGCAGGUGAUGAGCCUGUCGGAGGAGGCGCCGCCGCCGCCCGCGCCCGCGGACGUGGUGCGGCCCCACAAGCUGCUGUCUCGGCAAGCUGCUUAG